AUGCAAGUGCCCACCAAGGACUGUGUCUCCCUGACGGUCUACUCCUUCACAUUCCUGCUGGGCCUCCCCUCCAACCUGCUGGUGCUUUUCAUGUACAUCCGCUAGGCACGCAAGCGGGGUGACACACCCAUCGUGCUAUACGCCCUCAACCUGUGCCUGGCUAACCUGGCACUGGUCUGGCAGCCCAUCAAGGCCCUGGAGACUAUCCUCCAGGACUGGGCUCUUCCGUCGCCCCUCUGUCCCAUUUGUGCUAGAGAAUGCAGGGUGCGCGUAAUAACGGAGUGCCCUGCCGUAAGGGUGGUGUGCGCCCAGAUCAGCAGGCGGUCACGGACACUGGUGGGUACAUACACGGAGGGGCGUUAGCAGGUGCUGGGUCUUCCUGAGCCGCCAGGCGGAUGUCAUUGUCCGCAUCCCAAACGGCAGGUGCAACGAUUUGAGACGGGGGCAGGAUAGGACCCCCCAGAUCCUUCCUCUCUCCGUUAUGGUGCGUCCUGGAGAGUGUGUCUGCUUUCACAUUCUGGGAUCCUGUGCGGUAGGACAGAAUGAAUUGAAAGCGAGUAAGAAAUUGGGCCCACCUGGCUUGACGAGAGUUCAUCUGUUUCGCUGCCCGUAUGUGCUCCAAAUUCCGGUGGUCAGUAAGAAUCCAGAAUGGAUGGACUGCACCCUCCAGCCAGUGUCUCCAUUCCUCCAGAGCGAGGACCACCGCCAACAGCUCCCUGUCUCCAACUCCAUAGUUCCUCUCUGCGGGGGUAAGCUUUUUAGAGAAAAAGGCACAGGGAUACAUUUUCUCUGCCUUACCGUGCCGAUGCGUCCACCUCCAGGAUGAAAGGACAAGAUGGAUCUGGGUGUUUUAGGAUGGGCGCUGUGGUGAACCUCUCCUUCAGCCUCUUGAAGCCAGCUUCUGAGGCCCACCCUUAAGGAGAGAGGUGAGCGGAGCGGCUAUGGAGCUGAAGGACCUGAUGAAACGCCGGUAGAAAUUGGCGAAGCCCAGGAAGCUCUGUAGGCCCUUGAUGGUGGUGGGCACUGGGCACUGGCCAUGACCUGACGUCGUCCGUCUUCGCUCUUUCCAUGAACACCCCCUGAGGACUGAUCCUGUAUCCCAGGAAGGAGAUUACCUGUUGGUAGAAUUCGCAUUUUGUGUUCCCGGUGGCGGAGUAGGACAGCUCUGACGUCCCUAACGUGCUCCUCAAACGUAGCCGAGUAGAUCAGGAUAUCGUCGAUGUACACCACCACCUGUCUGCUCAGCAUGUCUCAGAACACGUAAUUGACGAAGGACUGGAACACAGAAGGUGCGUUGGCGAGGCCGUAGGGCAUGACGCAGUAUUCAUAGUGGCCUGAGGUAGUGCUGAAUGCCGUCUAACACUCGUCUCCUUCCCGGAUUCGGAUCAGGCUGUAGGCACUCCUCAGGUCCAACUUGGUAAAGUACCGGGCCCCUCGUAGCUGUUCGAUGGCCGACGGAACCAGAGGGAGGGGGUACCGGUACUUGGUGGUGACUGUGUUCAGCCCCCUGUAGUCAAUGCACGGCCUCAGUCCUCCGUCUUUUUUGGCCACGAAGAAGAAGCUGGCGGAGGCAGGAGAGGUAGAGUGUCUGAUGAACCCCUGUUUCAGGGUCUCCGCCACAUACUUCUCCAUGGCCUCAGUCUCCGCCAUGGAAAGGGGGUAAAUGGGACUCUUCUGGGGGUGUUGUUCUCCAGCAGGUCAAUGGUGCGGUCCCAGGGCCUGUGAGGAGGGAGACACUUAGCCUUUGAUGAAGAGAAGACAUCGGAGAGAUCUGCAUACUCACGUGGAAUGUUGGGCUGGAGGGCGGACUCCGGACUCUCCACUGACGUGGAACAACAAACCACUGGCAGGCAGGUCUUCCGGCAUGAGGUGGACCAGGCUGUGAUCCUCUUGGUGAUCCAAUUGAUGGUGGCAUUGUGUAGUCUGAGCCAGGGCAAUCCCAAGACGAUCCGGUGAAAGGGUGACGUGACGAAGUGGAAUGACAGCUCCUCAUGGUGCUCCGGUAGUGUGGUAAUGGUGAUGGGGAGAGUGACGUGCGUAAUGGUGCCUGAUCCAAGUGGUUUAUUGUCCAGCGAGGUGACAUGUAGCGGAGAAGGCAGUGGCACGGUGGGCAACCCCCAUUCAAAGACCAGCUCCCUAUCUAUAAGGUUCCCCGCUGAUCCGGAAUCUAUCAUUGCAGUGGAAAUGGAAGAGAAGGAAUAACCAGUCACCGUUAUGGGAACUAACAACAAUGGUUUUGUGAUAGGAGAUGACGUAACACUCACGGAGCGGCUAUACUUCCUGCAUGGCGGCGUUCAACUGGGCAAGCUGCUGCUGCUGCUGGUCGAGGCACUGGGAAACUCCUGCUGCAUCCAUUUUCGUGAGUGGUGUGUAAUUCUGUGACGAGUACUGAGUAUAUGAAGAGGCAGGACGCAGACGCAGAAAUUAACUUAACAAUGAGAAUGAGAAUAACAAAGAGCGCGUAAACGACACGACGCUAACAAUUACACACAACAAUGAACAAACAGUCCAGGGCUAUAUAGUGGUGGUGAUGAGAUGAUGAGGUGCAGGUGCGCUGGAGGUGAUUAGGGUGCGUUGGGUUUCCAUUCCUGUGUUUGCCGAGGUGGUGUGCUCAGACCGGUGGCUCAGUAGACCGGCGAAUCAGAGUGCCGGAGGGGAGCAACGGGAGGAGACAUGACAGUGCCAGGCACACCGGUUUUAGUUUGUCAAGAACUGCAACGCUGCUGGGUUUUUCAUGCUCAACAGUAUCCCGUGUGUAUCAAGAAUGGUCCACCACCCAAAGGACAUCCAGCCAACUUGACAAAACUGUGGGAAGCAUUGGAGUCAACAUGGGCCAGCAUCCCUGUGGAACACUUUCGACACCUUCUAGAGUCCAUGCCCCAACGAAUUGAGGCUGUUCUGAGAGUAAAAGGAGGUGCAACUAAAUUUUAGGAAGGAGUUCAUAAUGAUUUGUACACUCAGUUACGUACCCCCCUAUAAAAACUGUAAAUACAAAAUAAAAUUCAGCAUGAAUAGCAUAUAUUCACUCUCUUACUAUAUACAGUAUAUUGUUAACAUUCUGAGUGAAUUCUGAAUUUAUGCAUCAAUCCAAUCUCUACUAAUGAUUUUACUUAUUAAGAGCACAGGUGAUACAUUUACAUUAACUAAAGUUUUCAUAAAAAGUCCUCAAGUUGAGGCUUAUAUUUUUAUACAGGUGAACAAUCAAACACAAAAGCAGACAAAAAUAUGGCUGACGAGUAGUGUUUCCUACUGAAAUGCUGACAGAUAAUGUCUGAAAGUUAGUUUCUCAUGGGACAUCACAUGGUAUAUUGUUAUGGGACAUCUUUUUGGUAACACAUUGCGGCAACAGUCCCAAAAGAGAUGUUACACAUUCCAACACACCCUUUUCUCUUUCCAGUGGUGUUGAGAGUCUCCGAGUGUCUGUAACUGAUGGAGUAGGCUAAUCGCCAUGCCAAUCACUCAUCUGUUGCUGUCCGUUUACAUUGUCACCUUCCUGAUUGGGGUACCUGCCAACAUCCUGGCAUUAUGCACCUUUUGCCAAAAAGUGUGCCACAAACCUGCCCCAUUGACAUCCUGCAACUCAACUUGACCAUCUUCGACCUCAUCUUCCUGCCCUUCAAGAUGAAGGAGGCUGCUGAUGACAUAAACUGGAACCUCCUCUUCUUCCUGUGUCCAGUCACUGGUUUCCUGUUCUACUCCACCAUCUACAACAGCACCCUCCUCCAGACCGCAGAGUGUGGAGCGCUACCUUGAUGUGGCCUUCCCUAUUAGAUACACCCUGUGUCACAGGCCGCGCUAUGCUGUGGUGGUCAGCAUCAUAUGUUGAAUGGUGUCCUCACUGAACCUCAGCAUCGUUUACAUUGUGCCAUACUCCCAGUGGAUGGGACCGUUAUGGACAAUCCCCCGACAACGUGUUACCUGAACAUCACCCAAGACCAGCUCAGCAUCCUUCUCCCAGUGCGUCUGGAGCUAUUCCUGGUCCUCUUCUGCACCCCCUUCCUGGUCUGCCCCUUCUGCUAUGUCAACUUCAUCCGCAUCCUGUCUCAGCUGCCCAACAUCGAGCGGUGGAGGUGAAUGCGGGCCAUCAGGCUGGCACUGGGCACCCCGUUGGUGUUUGCCCUCUGCUUUGGGCCCUACAACGUAUUCCAUGUGGUGGGGUUCGUUUGGAAAGACAGCGAGAGUUGGAGGGAUGUACCGUUGCUCUCCAGUACCAUCAAUGCCUGCCUGGACCCCAUCAUCUUCUACUUCUCUGCGGCUGUCAGAAGCAUGCUCAGUCACAGCUUCAGGAGCUUCACUGCUGCCCCCCAUUGGUAG